UUUGCAAAUAUUAUAUUUAGUUUUCUGCCACGUAGCUUCAGUGUUUAAACAAAUAAAGAGGGAAUAAGUGUGCAUCUUUUGUAAAGCUGAGACUAUUCCUAAGAAUUCUCAAAAUUGGGAAAAGCCGCAUAAGUAGUAUAAUAACAUCAAGACACAGUUUCCAGCAAGAUAACUUUUGGAAAAGUUUUAUCAUUGAUUAAUCAUGAUCAGAAUAGCUAUCAUCUGCUUAAUAAUUUUUUUUGUUAAAAGUAAUUAUUGUAGUCUUUCCCAUGAAGACUUAGAGAAUUUGAUAAAUGUUUUCUCAGAUUCAGAAACAUUUAUUAAAAAUCGUGUUUUAAAUGAAGAUGCAGCAAUUUUCGUAGGCAAAUUGAAAUCUGGGAAAAGUACACUAAUUAAUUACUUAAUCGGGAAUACGUUAAAAAGUAUAAAAAUGAAUAGGUUUGAUCAGAUUAGAAUAGUAAAAGCAGACAAUCAAACCGAUGGACCUACAAUUGGUUCUCUUGUAUCUGCUGAAACUACAAUUCCAUCUAAAUGGACUUCAAAAGUAUUUCCCGAUUUAUCACUAUGGGAUUGUCCUGGAUUUGAUGACAAUAGAGGAGCAGUACAAGACAUUACUAAUGCCUUUUAUGUCUAUCAUUUAAUGAAAAAUGUUAAAUCACUAAAAAUUAUUUUAGUUAUCGAGACUGACAGUUUAAUAUCUGACAAUAUAGAUGAUUUUUUAUCAACUUUAAGAUCUUUUCAACAAAUGUUUAUAAAACAGUUUGAUGUUUGUUUUCAAAGCAUUUCGAUAAUUUUCUCUAAAGCAGAAUAUAAGUUUUAUGGAUCGACAAUAAAUCAUGAAUUCAUUAAAGGUCUAUUAAAUGAAAAAGUUUUACUAGCUUUUCAUAAUAUUAUAUCUCCUUUUACAGAAGGUUUUAUACAAUAUAUAAUAGAUAAUAAGGAUAAUGUUGCUUUUUUUAAAAAAGCAAGAAGGAAAGAAAUCCUAUUCAAUAUCAAUAAUUCUUCUGAUAUUGAUGAUAAUAUUGUUUCGGCAAUUAGAAACUCCAGAAGUUUAAAUAGAAGCUCUCUUUUAAAUGUACGUCCAAUUAUUUCAACGUCUUCAGAGGCGAAACUGCUUGAUGCCAAGUCUGAUUUACAAUCAGUACAAAAAAUUGCUUCAUUAUCAGAAACUACGGUAAAUGUAUGCAUCAAAAUUAUAAAUGAUAUGGAAAAUUCGUUAGCAGCUGCAAAUGAAGAAAACUUAAAUACUAUAAAAGAAAAUGUAACUGCAAUUAUACAUAUAAUAGACAGUGCUUUAAAUGACAGCUCUAGCUUACAAGAAAGGAUUCGAAUUUUCCAACAACUUAAUCAUGAUAUUGUAACAGCAAUAAAAAAGGAUGAAUUGUGGAUAAAAAUUAAUCAAUUAGAAUUUAUCGAUAGAAUAUUGAAUAUAGAAAUGGGUCCUCAAAUGAAUUUUGGUUUUAAAGCUAUUCUAGAUGCUGCGAAAUCGAAAAUGGAAAUCAUCAACAACGAAAUUGAUCUUCAUAAAAAGCUUAUAGCGGAGAAAGAAUACAGAAGAAGGAAACAAGAAAUCGAAAAUAAUAGAAAUCAAACACAAAAUGCAAUAAAAAUUAGCAUGGAAAAAAUAAGUGUGAGAGAUAAAAUAAUUAAUUUUUGGAAUAAAAUAAAAAAAUUCAUUCUUCGUUUAGUUUAAUAAAUAAAAUGUAAUAAAAGUUGAAUUAAGAGAAAGUAUUAAAAAAAAUUUUUCCAUUAUUGUAGAGGAUAUUUUUAGGAUAAACAUCCUUAGGACAUUCACGAAAAGUUUUCAUGAUAUCCUGGAAUAUCCUUUGCUGUGAGGGCUAUUUAUAGUUAGUAAGGUUUAAAACGAGUGUAAAAGUAAAUAAAUGAGAAAAUAGAAUAUAAAACUGUAUUCAAUGAUAUAUUUAAAUUAUAUUUUAUAAGAAGAAUAUUAUACGCAUUAUAAUUAAUAUAAUAAAUAAAAUGUAUCUAAUUUAA